AUGAGUCUCCGAUGUUGCGUCAUUCAGGAGAUCUAUCUUAUAGAGCUUGAUGUAAUAGUCAAUAAAAAUGGGAUGGUUUCAGGCCCCAAAGCCGCGCUUGAAGACGAAGCCUACGUGACUGCGGCGGAGACAGACGGAGAGGCGAUCGGUGCGCUCGUACUCGGACAUUCGCUGCGUCAUGCUCAGGUCACCCGCAGACUCGCCUGCAUGGUUACCAACAAAGUCUCUAUGGAAUUCAGAGACCUGCUGUCGGAGCUGUACAACGACAUGAUACCAAUUAGCGGCCUGGAGCGGAUCGACGCCAUGCGGAUGUCCGUCAUGGACGAGUCCCUAGCAGCACUUGCCACUUGGCAGUAUUGCCGCCAAUACUCCAAAUGUGUGUUCCUUGCGCCUGACACGCUGGUGCACCACAACAUCGACCAUCUGUUCGGCAAACCUCAACUCUCCGCUGUGGCCUACCAUCGCCGGCCCAAGACGUUCCACAGCAGCGUCAUGGUCGUAGAACCGGCGGCCGCUCAUAACACUUUCAAAAAGUUACAGAAAUUGGCCCGAAAUUGCGAGGAUUCGUUUGACUUUAGGAGUAAGUGA